AUGCAGGGACCUGAUAUGGUAAACGAGCUUAUAGGAAUCCUCAUUCGGUUCAGGGAAGGGAGGGUAGCACUGUCUGCAGAUAUUGAAGCCAUGUUCCAUCAAGUUUUGGUUGAUCCAAAGGAUCGUGAUGUCUUAAGAUUUCUUUGGUGGCCACAGGGUGACUUUGCAAGACCACCAAUACCAUACCGGAUGACCAGACAUCUUUUCGGCGGAGUUUGGAGCCCCGCAUGUGCUGCCUUUGCACUUCUUAAAACCUUGGAGAAGGGCGGGACAAGGUCCAAUAAUGCCAAACGGUGUUUUUAUGUUGAUGACCUUCUGUUAUCUACUGAAUCAGAGGAUGAGGCCAAACUGUAUGUUCAGGAAUUACAAGAAACCUUGAGGAAUGGAGGUUUUCAUUUAACAAAAUGGAUGUCCAACUCUAAGAAAGUAGUGACUGGAGUACCAAAGCAAGAAAGAAGUCCCGGUGUUAAGAAUAUCGAUCUGAUGAGAGACGAAUUACCCAUGGACAGAGCAUUAGGGGUGCUAUGGAACCUAGAAGAUGACAAUUUGAAAAUAUCAGUGACCCCUCCAGACAAGCCUCUAACCAAAAGAGGCAUCCUGAGCACCAUGAGUUCUGUAUUUGAUCCAUUGGGAUUCAUAUCUCCCUUUACUGUUAGGGCUAAGAUGAUUUUUCAAGACGAAGUACGCAGGAAAGAAGGAUGGGAUGAACAACUAUCAGAGGAAAAUGUUAAAAGAUGGACCUUGUGGCUGAAGGAACUUGAAGAUAUGAAGGAGUUCUACAUGAACCGUUGCCUACUUCCUCUUCGAUUUGGACGGCUCAUAAAUGUACAGCUCCACCACUUCUGUGAUGCUUCUACUAAAGCUUAUGCAGUAGUGACUUACGUGAGGCUGCAAGAUGACAGAGGACUCACACAGUGCAGUUUUGUCAUGUCACGCACCAGACUAGCUCCCAUUAAAGCUACCUCCAUACCCCGAUUAGAAUUGUGUGCUGCAGUUCUGGCAGCUGGUUCUGAUGCCAAGAUACGAAAGGAAAUCUCUAUGGAGAUCAGGAGUUCUGUUUUUUGGACAGAUAGCAUGAUUGUUUUGCAAUACAUCAGGAACACGUCGAGACGUUUCCAUACCUUUGUGGCCAACAGGGUGGGAAUCAUCCAAAGAAUAUCAUCACCGCAGCAGUGGCGUCAUGUGAACUCUGAGGACAACCCAGCUGAUGAUGCCAGCAGAGGAUUGUCUGCUCAAAAAUUGUUAAUGAGUGGAAGGUGGAAAAAUGGACCCAGCUUUUUAGACCUACCUGAGGACUCCUGGCCACCUGUGCCAUGUGACAAUGAUGACCUAGGUGAAGAUCCAGAAGUAAAGAGGGAGAGCACAGUCAUGAUGCUAAAGGGGAAAGAACCCAACGGAGUUGAUAAACUCCUAGAGCGGUACUCAUCUUGGUACGCUCUACAAAGAGCAGUAGCCUGGCUUCGUCGGCUCUCGGCAUGGGUAAUGGAAGGUUGCCCUAGACUGGAAACAUCUCAACUUAAAGUAACGGAACUACAGUCAGCACGAACAGCCAUCAUUAAGUAUGUACAAAGGCUUUGUUUUUGGGAUGAUAUUGAGACACUUCACAAUGGAAAACUUACCAAGAAAAGCAAACUCUACCGGCUAGAGCCAACGCUUGAUGACGAAGGUGUAAUCCGAGUUGGAGGUCGCCGUCUGAAUGAAUAUAAUGAUUGUAGUGAGAGGCCCAUCCUCCUUCCUAAAGACCACCCCAUAACGACCUUAAUUGCCCAGGAUGUACACGUAUUUGUAGCAAGACACUCAGGAAGGGAACAUACCUUGGCCAGCUUAAGGAGACAUUAUUGGAUAGUGGCAGGUCGACCCUUAAUUGAUCGCAUCCUGAGGAACUGCUUCACCUGUCGCCGGGUUAAUAGUAAACCUCUCACACAGCGACAGGGUGAAUUGCCUUUGGAGAGAAUCUCAGCUGAUAGUCCACCUUUCACCCACACUGGAGUAGACUGCUUUGGGCCUUUUAACGUGACAUAUAUGAGAAGAACUGUGAAGCGUUUUGGAUGCGUCUUUACCUGCCUCAGCUCCAGGGCUGUACACCUUGAAUUACUGCACUCCCUUGAUACAGACGAUUUCCUCAAUGCUCUCAUGCGAUUCAUGGCGAGGCGGGGCACUCCCAAAAAGAUCUUCUCUGACAGAGGAUCCAACUUUCAGAGAGCCAACAAGGACAUCCAAGCAAAGACACGCAGCUGGAUUACAGAUAAUAAGAUUGGCAAUGCGUUACACAGGAGAGACAUCGAGUGGGUUUUCCAUCCGCCCAUGGCUUCCCACAUGGGUGGUGUAUGGGAGCGGCAAAUUCGGUCUAUAAGGAAAAUCUUAGCCUCUAUUAUUGGUAUGCAAAAGGUUGAUGAUAGCAGGUUACACACAUUGUUCUGUGAAGUCGAAGCCACACUCAACAGUCGUCCACUCACUGCUGCACCGGGUGACGCAUCUGAGCCUGCAGCUCUUACACCAGAUCAUAUACUUCGACUAGGAAAGGACUUCUGUUUACCUAUGGGUGAUGUUUCCCAGGGUGAGAUUCUUCGUAGACGCUGGAUUCAUGCACAGGCGUUGGCAGAUAGAUUCUGGAAGCGUUGGAGAACAGAGUAUCUCCACUCCCUUCGGAUGCGACAGCGUAAGAUUGAGCCCUCCCGCAACCUGUGCAUUGGUGAUGUAGUCCUCAUUACUGACCCCAACCUACCAAGGAAUCGGUGGCGUCUGGGAAGAGUCAUCCAGGUAUUCCCAGGCUCUGAUGGCUUAGUCAGGAAGGUUCGCCUACAUACUAGCUCUGGAAAUCUAACCCGGCCGAUCGUGAAGCUAUGCCUUUUGGAAAUGGAUAUCGAUUCUGCUCGAGAUUUAUGUAGAUCUACUACUUAG